CACGCACGCAUGCACACAGAUAGCCUCACUCGCGUAAGCUAUAAACAUGGCCGUCGUGCUUUGUGAUGAUGAUUAUCCGUGCCAGUUUGUUGUACGGUCGAGUGUCGCGCGUGAUUGCAAAUAAUAUGGAUACGAGAAGCAGCAGUCCCGGAGACCCAGGCUGUCGUCUGGGUAAGCAAUGAAUGUACUUCGUAUUUUGACACCGUGUGUGUUACAACGCAGACGCAUAAGAAGUAUAGAUAAUACUGAUAAAAGGGAUUCCUGGUUUAUGAGAAGACAGCGUGGAGAUGCCUCUCACAUGACACAUAGAAUGGGUGCUUCUGCAUCAUCAAGCAUCACCAACGUAGGUGGAGAUUCGGUUCAAGCAGCUAGACUCUCAGCGUCAAGUAGUCCAGAACAACAUGGCAUUGCAGUUAGUUGUUUAUUCAUGUAUAGAGAGAAAAAGAAGAAGAUGACAGGAUUUGCAACAUUACGCAAGAAAUUUAUUAGGAGACGCCGUUCUUCUAAAGCAUGUGAUCAUGGUAGAAUUAUUAGAGAUUUGGUGUCCACAUGGAGUCAUUUGGAAGCAACAGCUCUGCUUGAGGAGUAUGAGGCGUUAGCUGCAUUGAAAGAUCUUCAUGUUCAAGCUGAACUAGCUAGACCACCGGCUGCUACUUUCAAGCAAGAUCUGUCAAUGUUAUAUGAUUACAAACAUUGUUCCGAUGUGGAUCUUGUAUAUAGAGGAGCGUGUUUUCCCGUUCACAGAGCCGUGCUUUCUGCUAGAUGUCCAUACUUUAGGGAUCUUCUGGCUGGCUGCCCUGGAUAUGGUGCUAGAAUAUGUUUGGAGUUAAGGACUCCGCAUCUCGAAGUGCAGAUGUUCUCAGCAUUAUUACGAUAUCUUUACACUGGUGAUAUCUGCCCGCACGAUGCAACAUUAGAAGCGAAUCUACUUCGGAGACUCGGUGAAGAGUUUGGAACUCCAAAUCCAUUAGAACAUGAUCUCAGAUAUUUGCUGGAUACUGGUGAUUAUGCCGAUGCCGCUCUCGUAUUCACCUCGGACAACGAUUAUCAAAGACCGGAUAGCGGCAGUUCGGAGUAUGGAUUUCGUCCCAAAUUAGAGCUGCCAUGUCACAAAGCGAUACUCUCCGCAAGAUCUCCUUUCUUUAGAAAUUUAAUACAAAGACGGACCAGAUCGGGCGAGGAUCACACAGAAAGGGCGCUUCAUAUACCUACUAGAAUAGUACUGGAUGAAAGUGUAAUACCUAAGCGAUAUGCCAGAGUCUUGUUACAUGCUGUGUAUCUAGAUACCGUCGAUUUGUCAUUAAUAUUGCGAGGAAGUGGUUGCGGAAAUAGCGCUGGUAGCUUGGGAGAGGUUCAAGCUCUAACACAUACGGGUCGAAUGCGACCGAGUCCCUUGGAAGAAGCGAUGGAAUUGUAUCAAAUCGGACGAUUUCUCGAGCUUGAUAUAUUAUCGCAAGGUUGCGAAGAUCUUAUCUUGGAAUAUCUCACCUUGGAAUCGCUGCCGACUGUUCUCAAAUGGGGUAGUCAACCACACGGAUCAGCAUGGGUGCACAGACAAGCGUUACAUUACUUAAGAGAAGAAUUUCAGCCGAUUGCUUCGUCCUCGAUUCUCCAUCAGUUAGAUCAUGCCCAUUUAGCGAAUGUAUUACAGAGUCAUUUUUUACAAGCGAGCGAACUUGAAGUACUGCAGGCAGUGCUUAAAUGGGGCGAACACGAAUUAGUACGUCGAAUGGAGGAUCGAGAGCCUAAUUUGCUUAGCCAUACGGUGCAUUCUGUGACCAGAAAGGGUAUUAAGAAGAGAGAUCUCAGCGACAUCGAAUUAAGAGAGAUACUAAGCGAACUUUUGCCGCUUGUCAGAAUAGACCAUAUAUUGCCGCCGAAUAGUGAAGCAUUAGCACAGGCUAUUAGGAGAGGACUGGUUUCAACUCCGCCGAGUCAUAUGAUAGGAGACGAAAGGGAUAAUUUACGAGUGAAUGCUUGGAUAAGAGGUGGAAAAAAGAACGGAUUUUUCGUGAGACCAAGGUUAUUCAUGCCAUAUUAUGAAGAGAUCAAGUCCUUGGUGGAAGAACAGAUGAUCCAAGAAGCUGAUCUAGUGAGAUUGCGGAGGCCGCGAUAUGUAGCGGAUAUACCGGAUGCGUUGUACAUGGUGGAGGAGAAACCAAGAGCUAUGGGUACCGCUGGUGUUGAUGUUCUCGCUGCAGCGUUUCCAGUGCCAGAUUCUGCAACGAUGGCUGCAAUGCUGAAACGGGAACAGAAAUUGAAGCAAUCACCGAGCUGUCAGCGGGCCAUAAGCUUGCCACUUUCUUCGCGACACGAGAUCAAUCGGCAAGUGCGACUGCGCGUUGUCAGGGAAUUCAACUUGCCCGAUACUGUAGCUGAUCUUUUGGAGAACACAGCGUCUUACAGUAUAAAAGAGCAAAACGAGCAGAGGAUGACAGAUAUAGAGGACAUUGACUCGCCUGGCAUGGGUAUUCGUGUGAGAACUACCGCCCCGGUGUGUUACGGGAGGAACAUGACAUUUCCUCGGCCGACUUCGUCUUACGCACAUAGACACGAACUUCCAGCUAUAGUGACCGAGGGAGAGAGCUGCAGACUUCUGGCCGAGCAACAAGAGGCCAACUCCUGCAGCGACGGCCAGUUGUCGGGCGUAAUGCCGGACGUAGCGAUGGCGACGGCCUCCUUCGGUGCUUUGCAUUUAAUCGAGGAACAGGAACUGGAGUUGGAUCUCGGUGACGGGGCGUCGCACCUCUUGCCGCACAUUUCCCCGUCAAGUGGCGGAACCAUCGAGACUCAUCGGUCGUCGCUUCCUCAUCAGCAUCAAAGACACUUCUCUGGUCCGCCACCCCCACCUUAUGUGUAUCAUCGUGCUGGCACUGCCUUACCGAGGUUUAUUUGAAAUUUAUAUACAAUAUGCAGUAGGAGCGAACAAUAUGGCAACUACUGAUCUCCCCCUCCCUUCUUUCUCUCUCUUUCUCUUUCUCUCUUUCUCUUUAUCGUCCCUUAUUAUAUAGUCGUUUAUCGUAGCGUGUCGUAGCGUAUCGAUCAAACCUUGUUAUUGCGGGUACAAAUUUAUUACAAGGAUAUAAUUGUAUGUAUAUUUUAUUUAAAGCAAACUUGAAAAAAAGUGGGAAAUUGCUUGGUUUAAAAGUAAUCUUACCGAUUUCCCCUAGGGGAGUCACACAUUGUGAAUAUACAUGAAAAAAAUAUGCUUACGAGUACGGUGCCACUUCGCGAACGUAUACGGUGUAUACAGAGAGGUUUCACUGUACAAUAUAUAAAUAUAUAUAUAUAUGUAAUAAUUAACAAUAAGUGCAAUCGUACGAGAUAAAAAAUUGCGAUUUAUAUAUAUUAUAUAUAAAUUAUGUAAUCGUGAUAUGUGUAUGUGAGUGUACUUAUGCGUGUAUGUGUGUGUGUGUGAGUGUAUGCGUAUGAGUAUGUGAUUUGAGAUAAUGUGUAUUCACGAUUCCGGAGACUGUCAAGACUGUUUAACAAGAAAGUUUCCAGAGGAGAAGAGAAAAAAUAAUAUAAUGUGUACGAAAUGUAUUGAAUAAAUCGCGUCUUGUGUGCUUGCGGAGCACCAUCCUUACACUCUACAUAAUUACACGAGAGAGGAGAGUGAAAGUGUAUAAUUCUUUGUUCCUGAAUCGCGGGUGAACGUGCGGCAGAGCAACUAUACGCGAAUGGAGCCGCGAAGCGGCUUGAUGACAUUUUGCCGCACAUGUGGAACUUUUUUAUUUUUCUUCUCUUCUAGGACAGUUUCAAUGUAUGCGACGGGGUAUAGUAAGACUGUAAGUAUACAAGAGAGAGAAAAUCCAAUCGAUAAAACAUAUAUCGCGCGCUUAGAGAUGACGUCCGGGGCGCCUCUGGUCGUAAAAAGCGUGCGUGACGUCCACGAUAUUUAAUGGGUUAAUUAAUUAUCGCUAAGUGCCCGGGUGCAUGAGAAUUUUCUAAGAAAAAAUUUUCCAUGAAUUUUAAAUGUACGCCUCCACUACACCGGCCUUGCCUGCUCCGCCGCUAGUACAUCCGCAAACGGGAUAAGUACGUGUAUUAUAUACGGGGUGACCCAGAAGUCGCGUACUAUCUGCUGAUAUUCUGCAAAGUUUAUAAAAAAAUAGAGCUCCAUUUCCGAGAUAUUAAUAUCAUAUUACGCGCGAUUGAAUCUUGAAAGUUCUCGGCAAUCCGAGUUUGUUAGGAGGGAUGUAAAACAUAAAUAUCUCUUACGUAAUUUCAAGAGAAUUGAAAUUUAACGUUUAACAGAAUUAUAAAUUUCUGAUUUAGAAAUAAAUAAUUAGAAGCAAUAAUUGCUAAAGUAAUAAUUGAGAAUUGAAGAAAUGCUACAUCCAAUUAAACUCUCGCAUAUUUAAAUUCUUCUUUAAUCGAAAAAUGGUUGACUACAACUUGACUGUUUCGAUCAAGGAUUUGCAACCGAGACGAAAGUUUGUUUCUGGGUCAUUGUGUUAUACAUCGUUCCGCAAAAGUCAUAAAAUGUCAGACUUUAUUUCAAUUCCGUCAUAUGUAUACCGUAGCAAAACUGUGGAGAACGCGUAUUAGCCACUUUCACUCUUGUCGAAGUAACAACGAUCAGGCGGAAAUUAAUUACUCCAUAAAAACGUACAGAUGUAAGAUUAAUAUGGACAGAUAAUAACACGACUCUAUCCUUUAUUUAAUACGCGGCUCUUCUGCAUCGCGUGACGUGUGGGAUGUAAUUAUUAUUAUUAAGAUAUUCUCGAUAUAGAGAACUCGUGUUUAAACACAUAUUUGAGGGAUUCUUUUACCGUCCUUGCGUUAGAUACUUGAAAUUAUUAUUUCCUAUAUAUGUAGAUGUAUACAAAUAUUAUGCGUUCGUAAAUCUCUGAUCAAUUAAUUUAAUUGUAUUAUAUGCAUAUUUUUUUGUUAUAUAUGUCUUUAAAAGACGCAUUUCGUUUCUAAGCAGGAAUGAAAUUCGACGUUGGCGGCGUUGUUAUCAUCGCUGACAUAAAAUGUGAUAUUAUUCGAGAAAGUUCUUGAUUCGAUGAUCAUUGUGGUUUACAAUAUAAACCUUUCUCACAGACUUCCCUGCCCUGUGGAUUAAAAAGUUAUAUAUAUUAUUAUGUAAAAUAUAUUAACUGUACGCGAUAUUCAUAAGCUAUUAUAAAUACCGAUCGUCUGCUUUGUAAAGUGUGUCAUUCGCGUUUACUAUCUUGCGUAUUCGUAAAAAUUAUUGAGUCUGUCAAAUGAUAUUAGAUCGUGAAUCCACGAUCGUAUCAAGUAACGUAACAAGCGUCAGUAGUAGGUGAAAUCCACGAUCGAGAGAGAGGUUGGUGAAGUUAUAUAUAAUUUAAAAGCAACUAGACCAACUUUUAAGACCAGAAUAAAAGAAUAGUUAUCACGUAGAUAGAGAUUAAUACUGUAUAGACUGAAGUAUAUCAUGAGAGUAGUAUUUUGACAUUCGUAUAGUUUCGGCGUUGCAAAAAAAAAAAGAAAAGGUAAAUUAAAUGAUACUUCCAUUCGAAUAUCCAAGAUUCUUCUUUCCUUACCUCAAAAUUAUUUAUUUAUAAGCUAUCAGCAAUUGUUGCAUUACAUUCGCCAAAAAACUCAAAAUUAAUUUAUCUUUUUUUAUGAUUUGCACGAUAAAUAGCGCUCGUUGGAUAUAUAUUUAAAAAUAAAGUUUAAUAAAUAUAUAUAUAUAUUUCAGAACGGAAAAA